UUCCCUAGUUAAAACAUUCUUAUAGUGUAUGAAAACGUUAUAUUUAUUGUUUUCGCAUUAAUUCCAUUUAUUGUAAGCAAUUGGUGCAAAUAGUAAUAAAGGUAAAAGCAACUGAAGAAGUAAGAAAAAAUGGAAUCGCUAAUACCAAUAGUUAAUAAACUGCAAGAUGCAUUCACGCAAAUGGGUGUUCAUAUGCAAUUGGAUUUACCCCAAAUAGCAGUAGUUGGUGGACAGUCUGCUGGAAAAUCUUCUGUGUUAGAGAAUUUCGUAGGAAAGGACUUUCUUCCCAGAGGAUCCGGCAUUGUGACACGACGGCCGUUGAUUCUGCAACUUAUUAAUGGAACUGUGGAGUAUGGAGAAUUUCUUCAUCAAAAAGGUAAAAAAUUUACAAAUUUUGAAGAGAUUAGACAAGAAAUAGAAGCGGAAACCGAUAGGGUGACAGGCAAUAACAAAGGUAUUUCAAACAUUCCAAUAAAUCUUCGAGUGUACUCUCCACAUGUGCUCAAUCUCACACUCAUCGACUUACCUGGCUUAACAAAAGUACCCAUCGGUGAUCAACCUGCUGAUAUUGAAAAUCAAAUCAAAGGGAUGAUUUUCCAAUUCAUUCGCAAGGAAACAUGCUUGAUUCUUGCUGUUACACCAGCUAAUACGGAUUUAGCAAACUCCGAUGCACUAAAAUUAGCAAAAGAAGUCGAUCCACAAGGAGUGCGGACAAUUGGAGUUAUAACCAAGCUUGAUUUGAUGGAUGAGGGUACAGAUGCACGUGAUAUUUUGGAAAAUAAACUUUUACCAUUACGGCGCGGUUAUAUUGGUGUUGUUAAUCGUUCCCAAAAAGACAUCGAAGGUCGCAAAGAUAUAACUGCAGCAUUGGGAGCAGAACGAAAAUUUUUCCUAAGUCAUCCUAGCUACAGGCACAUCGCAGAUCGUCUAGGAACACCUUUCCUUCAAAAAACAUUAAAUCAACAAUUAACAAAUCAUAUACGGGAUACCCUUCCAGGCUUAAGAGAUCGUUUACAGAAACAACUAUUAACAUUAGAAAAAGAUGUUGAACAGUUUAAACAUUUUAGACCAGAUGAUCCCAGUAUUAAAACCAAAGCUAUGUUACAGAUGAUCCAGCAGUUACAAUCUGAUUUCGAAAGAACGAUAGAAGGCUCAGGUUCAGCAUUAGUAAACACAAACGAAUUGUCAGGAGGAGCAAAAAUUAAUAGAAUAUUCCAUGAGCGACUUCGAUUUGAGAUUGUCAAAAUGUCAUGCGAUGAAAAGGAGCUACGCAGAGAAAUUUCAUUUGCAAUUCGCAACAUUCACGGUAUUCGAGUAGGUCUGUUUACUCCUGACAUGGCCUUUGAAGCAAUUGUAAAGAAACAGAUAUCACAACUGAAAGAGCCUAUUCUUAAGUGUAUUGACUUAACGGUGCAGGAGUUAUCAAACGUAGUCAGGAUCUGCACCGACAAGAUGGCCCGCUAUCCACGCCUACGCGAUGAAACUGAACGAAUAAUAACUACACAUAUUAGGCAGUGCGAACAGCGAGCCAAAGAACAACUUCUACUUAUGAUAGAUUAUGAGCUCGCAUACAUGAAUACAAAUCAUGAAGAUUUUAUUGGAUUUGCCAAUGCACAGAGUAAAACAGAGAGUGCAGCAAAAACGGGUACACGAAGCCUUGGAAACCAAGUGAUACGAAAAGGUCAUAUGUGUAUUCAAAACCUUGGAAUAAUGAAAGGUGGUUCUCGUCCGUAUUGGUUUGUACUGACCUCAGAAAGUAUUUCGUGGUAUAAGGAUGAAGAUGAGAAAGAAAAGAAGUAUAUGCUGCCGUUGGAUGGUUUAAAACUAAGGGAUAUAGAACAAGGUUUUAUGUCCAGGAGACAUACAUUUGCUCUUUUCAACCCUGAAGGACGAAACGUUUAUAAGGACUAUAAGCAAUUAGAACUAUCGUGUGAAAGCACUGAUGAUGUCGAUUCAUGGAAAGCUUCGUUUCUGCGCGCUGGCGUUUAUCCAGAGAAAGAUACUCCAGCGAACGGUGAAGAUGCUGAAGGAGCAGAGGAAUCAAACGAAAUUGGACAAACAAGUUCAUUAGAUCCUCAACUCGAAAGGCAAGUUGAAACGAUCCGUAACUUAGUUGAUUCAUACAUGAGGAUUGUGACAAAGACAACUAGAGACAUGGUGCCCAAGGCUAUUAUGAUGUUGAUAAUCAAUAACUGUAAGGAUUUCAUUAACGGAGAAUUGCUUGCUCAUCUGUAUGCAACUGGCGAUCAGGCUUCAAUGAUGGAAGAAAGCCCUGAGGAAGCGCAAAAGCGAGAAGAAAUGCUGCGGAUGUAUCAUGCAUGUAAAGAAGCACUUCGAAUUAUAGGUGAUGUUUCAAUGGCCACAUUCACCACUCCUGUACCACCGCCUGUUAAAAAUGACUGGUUAUCAAGCGGUUUAGAUAACCCUCGGUUAUCACCUCCUAGCCCUGGUGGCCCUCGAAAAAAUCCACCUCUGCAACAGGGAUCACUGGGAUCGAUCGGUGCUCCUGCCUCCGCCGGACGGGGUCCACCACCAGCACCGACAAGUGCGAGACCUGCACCAGCUAUUCCAAAUAGGCCUGGAGGAGGUAGUGCACCUCCCUUGCCUCAAGGCAGACCUAGUGGACAAGCUUUACCCGCUCCUCUUAUUCCAUCGCGCCGCUAAGCAGUUGCUGAUUCUAGUAUGGAUUUACUGAUAGAUAUUAUUAUCCGCCCCUGAUACUCUUUAUGUAAUCAAUAUUUGGUACCAAAAUCGAGCACAUGCCCAAAAGUAUAAGAUAAUCAAACAAAUACAUAAAGUACGUCACAUGAGAUAAAAUUAAAUUACGCAUUUUAGCCCAAAUGUACAGUAAGAAUAAGUGUGUAAUAUAUAAAUCAUGUGUAAUAUAGAAUCGUAUUCAUGUAUAAUAUUCCAACUGGAAGAAAUGGCGCCAAUUAGUAGUAUUUAACAAUGUUAUAAAUCGUAAACGCAACGACAUUACAGUUUGAUUUACAUUAAACAGCAAAUCGGUGCAUUUACAGCGUUACGUAUCCAAAAUAAAUAUAU